CAAUCACGUGAUGACAUGUGUAAAUUAAACUUAAUAAAAAAAAUCACCUAAUCAACCGAUUAAAAGUCACUUAAGAUCAUUUUAAGCGAAUUGGGUAUAAAGGUCGGAUUAUUUAAAAAUAUUACAAAGGUAGAAUUAUUAUGGGCGGAAGUUCAAAGAUUAGAUUAUUUCGAAUAAUUUUUCCAAUAAAGAAUUUGUGUUAUUUUAGUACGGAGAAAUAGAGAGGGAAAUAAGGAAGGGUACACAAUAUCCAAAAGUCACCUGUUUGACUCAUCAAUCAAAUACUUUCAUACUGGUACCCCGUAUAUUCAUCACUCUGUUGACUCAGCUAGAAGCAUCAUUUCUUCCGCAGCAACAACAAUGGCGUCAGAGGUGGUUAAUACGGCGGAGUCUCUCGAUUUUCCGGCGGAUUUGAAGUACCUUCCUGGCUUUGGAAACCACUUUUCGUCGGAAGCCAUCGCCGGAGCUCUGCCACAAGGACAGAACAACCCCCUUAUUUGUCCCUUUGGUUUAUACGCCGAGCAAAUUUCCGGCACUUCGUUCACUGCUCCUCGCAAGCUCAAUCUCCGAAGUUGGUUGUAUCGUAUCAAACCAUCAGUUACGCAUGAGCCCUUCAAACCUCGUGUCCCUGGCAAUGAGAAACUUAUUGCAGAUUUCAACCAGUCCAACAGCUCUGCUAAUCCAACACAACUACGGUGGAAGCCUGUAGAUAUUCCUGAAGAGCCAACAAAUUUUAUUGAUGGUUUGCAAACUAUUUGUGGGGCAGGCAGUUCCUAUCUCCGUCAUGGAUAUGCAGUUCACAUGUACACUGCAAACAAAUCAAUGGAUAACUAUGCCUUCUGCAAUGCUGACGGAGACUUCUUAUUCGUUCCUCAGAAAGGGAGGCUAUGGAUCAUGACGGAGUGUGGAAGAUUGGAAGUUAUUCCUGGCGAAGUUGCUGUAGUGCCUCAAGGAUUUCGUUUUGCUGUCAGCUUGCCUGAUGGUCCAUCACGAGGUUAUGUUUCUGAGAUAUUUGGGACACAUUUCCAGCUUCCAGAUCUAGGACCUAUAGGUGCCAAUGGUCUAGCUGCUGCAAGAGAUUUCCUUGUUCCCGUUGCUUGUUUUGAGGAAACUCCCUGUCCAAAUUACAUAAUCGUUCAAAAAUAUGGUGGGGAAUUAUUUACUGCCAAACAGGAUUUCUCUCCCUUCAAUGUAGUUGCCUGGCAUGGAAACUAUGUCCCAUAUAAGUAUGAUUUGAGCAAGUUCUGUCCCUAUAAUACUGUAUUGGUGGAUCACGGGGACCCAUCAGUAAAUACAGUGCUUACUGCCCCAACAGAUAAGCCUGGUGUGGCUUUACUUGAUUUUGUCAUUUUCCCUCCUAGGUGGCUGGUUGCGGAACACACAUUUCGCCCUCCUUAUUAUCAUCGCAAUUGUAUGAGCGAGUUUAUGGGACUGAUUUAUGGUAAUUACGAGAACCACAUGCAGGCAAAGGCUGAUGGGUUUAUCCCGGGUGGUUCAAGUCUGCAUAGCUGCAUGACUCCACAUGGUCCUGAUACCAAGACUUAUGAGGCAACCGUUGCAUGCGGGGAGAAUGCAGGACCGUACAAAAUUACUGAUACCCUGGCAUUCAUGUUUGAAUCAUAUCUAAUUCCUCGAGUUUGCACUUGGGCUCUCGAGUCACCCUUCCUCGACAACGAUUACUAUCAAUGCUGGAUAGGACUCCGGUCACAUUUUCGCAAAGAGGACUGUUCUAAAGCCUCCAGUAAUCAGGAUGCUGAUUAGGUAUGGCUUGAUUCAGAUAGACUACUCCGUGUUUAACAUAGUUUUAUGAUGCAGAUCUUAUGGUAUCUUAGCUGUCAGUAUGUGUAUAUAAAUAAUGAAAUGUAUUUGCAUUCUGCAAGUGAACUAAGUUUACAUUAAAAAAUCCCAGAAAGGGGCCAUUAAUUAUUUGUAAAUAUAAUAAAGAGUAUUAUCAACAAUAAUAUAUGCUUUAUAAUUUUUUGCACUUA